AUGGAAUCUUAACCUGCUUAAUAAGCUAUCUUGCAAAAGAUUACCUUAGGAGAUCUUGAGCUACCAAAUAGAGUAGUAGUUGCAGCACUAGGUAGAGGUAGAGCUGAUCAUGAAGCUAGAGCCCCCACUGAUUUGCAUGCUUAAUUCUAUUCUAACAGAGCUUCUGCUGGUUUAAUAAUAACUGAGUGCUCAGCAAUUUCCCAAGAUGGUGACUCGUAUCUUGGAAGUUCUAACAUUUACUCAGAGGAGCAGAUCUAAGGAUGGAAGAAAGUUGUUGAUGCUGUCCAUGAAAAAGGAGGAAGAAUAUUCCUUCAAAUAUGGCAUGGAGGUAGAACAGCUCAUCCUGAUAGAAAUGGUGGACAUAUCCCUCUAAGCUCUUCUCCAGUUGCUGUAGUAGGUGGUGGAAAUACACUACCAGGAGUUGUACCAAAAGAGGCUACUCUUGAGGAUAUUAAGACCGUUUAGGAAAACUUCAAAAGAGCAGCUUAAAAUGCCAAAGAUGCUGGGUUUGACGGUGUUGAAAUUCAUGGUGCUCAUGGCUAUAUCAUUGAUUAAUUCCUGAGAGAUGGAGUAAAUCAAAGAACAGACUCAUAUGGAGGCUCAGUUGAAAACAGAGCAAGAUUCCUUCUAGAGACAGUAAAAGAAGUAUUGACUGUAUUCACUCCUCAAAGAGUAGGAGUUAAGUUUUCACCAAUGAACACCUUCCAUACUAUGUCUGACUCAGAUCCUGCAGCACUCUAUAGCUAUGUUCUCCAAGAGUUAAGCAAGCUUAACAUUGGAUUUGUAGAAAUUACUGAGGGUUUUUCUUUCGACUCAUAAGUGCAUCAAGAAGCUAAAGACAAAUUCUUUUAAGAGAGAACGGAGAAAUCAGUAAGAGAACUCCUUAAGCCACAUUUCACCAGUGGCCUUUACAUUACUAAUUAAGGAUAUACCAUAGAAAGUGGAAACUAAGCAAUUGAGAGUGGCUAAGCUGAUCUAGUCUCAUUUGGCGCUUUAUUCUGUGCAAAUGAUAACUUAGUUGAGAGAAUCGAAAAUGGUUUGACUUUAAAUGCGCUUAGCAAUGUAAAAGAUCCCGAAGUUAGGGGUAAGUAUCUUUACAGUCAUUUACCAGAUGGUUACACAGACGUCUCAGUUUAUGAAGCCAAAGAAUGA